AUGGUCGCCACUGCCAUAGCCGUCGCUCGCGACGACGACGACAAUGCUGUCCGCGGUCACGACGAUGAUGACGAAGACGGCGACGCUUCGGACCGUGUCGCAGCGGCGGCGACAGCACCAUCGCUUGACGACUGCCACCUCACCCCGCUAGUGCUCAUCUACAAACUAUUGCUUUGUCCGAACGUUGCCGUACCCGAGAUCGUCGCCCAUCUGCGACCGCUCUGCUGGUGCGCCGCCGACUUCGACCCGCAUCACCUGCUCAGUGUCCAUCGGCACUGUCGCCACCGCUGUUGCAACCCGUAUCAUUACGCCCUGUACUACAGCUUUGGUGAGUUCCUGCCAUGUUCAAUUUUUAACGACGACGGUGUUCGCGCUGCACGUGCUGUCUUGCGUGUACGUGCAUCUGUGUGUUUGAGGGAAAGAAUAAGGAAAGAGGAAAGGAUGCCCAAAAACGAACGAUCUAGUCUAGUGUCACUGGUCUGCCGGCCGGCCGACCAGCCGGCGGUCGGUGGGCUGAUUUUCGAUGCCUUCGCACGCGCACGCGCACGCACACGCUCACGCGCACAUGUCGUCUCCCGCUGCGCGCGACGACUGUCGUUUUCACUGUUGUCGUCGAUUGACGGCGUGAUUGAUUUUGCGGUAUUCGUUAUCGUUGGCGUUCGUAAUCGCGCGCUAGCGUAG